AUGGCGAAAGCAUGUCCUCACUGUGGAUGUACAGUAUUUGAUACAUCACAUGAUGGUACUUUCUGUACUGGUUGCAGUCGUGUAAUAGAUGGAUCAAAUAUUGUAUCGGAACUUCAAUUCUCAGAGACAUCAGGGUUGAUGGGUACUUUUGUCAAUGCACGUGGACAAGUUGGUAGAGGAUCAUACAGAUCGUUGGGUGGUGAAUCAAGAGCUCUCUCGACUGAAAAUGCGAGAAGAAGAAUGCACACUAUUGCAGGUCAAGUUGGAUUAAAGGAUGUUCAUAUCGAUAUGGGUGUCAGAUUGUACGAAACUGCAAUGGAUUUUAAAUUCACUAAAGGUCGUAGUACUCAAAUCGUCUCUGCUACAUGUCUCUAUACUGUUUGUAGAAGAGAAUUAACUCCUCAUUUAUUAAUUGAUUUUUCAGAAGCAAUACAAUUAAAUGUAUUUGUAUUGGCUAGUACAUUCUUAAAGUUUAUUCAAACACUUGGAUUUCAAUUACCAUUGGUAGACCCUGCUUUGUUUAUUCAAAGAUUUGCAGUUGGAUUAGAGUUUGAGCAAAAGACACAAGAGGUUGCCAACACUGCCCUAAAGUUGGUGGCAAGAAUGAAAAGAGAUUGGAUGAGUAUUGGUAGACGUCCCUCUGGUAUUUGUGGUGCCAGUUUAUUUAUUGCUGCAAAGAUUCAUGGUUUCAAGAGAACGGUCAAAGAGAUUGUUCAGGUUGUCAAGAUUGGUGAAGACACCAUUAUAAAGAGACUCAAAGAGUUUAAAGAUACUCCUUCUGCCGCACUCACCAUUGACGAAUUUGAUGCAAUCGAUGUCGAGACUGAACAUGAUCCACCAAGUUUUAUCAAAAAUAGAUUAAAGGAAAUAGAUGCAGAACAAAAAAUCAAAUUACAACAAGCAAAGGACGAAGAGAAAAGAAUGGAAUGGAGUACAAGAGACACACUAUUUGAUUUGGAUUUGGAAACCUAUGAUACAAAAGCAAAAGAAGAUUUGAAAAAAGGUUUAGAAUUAAUUAAAGGAAAGGAUACUGAAGAUGAAGAUGAUGAAGAGGAGGAAGAAGAAGAAGAAGAGGAAGAGGUAAAAGAGAAAACAAAAGGAAAAAGAAAAAAGAAAGUUCAAAAGGAGAAACCAAAAAAGAAAAAGAAAAAAACUAGAGCUGAAGAAGAAGAGGAAAAGGAAGAAUUGGAAAAACAAAAGGAAUUGGAAGAAAAGGAAAAGGAAGAUGGAGACAAAGAGGAAAAAGAAGAUGGUGACAAGGAGAAAGAGUCAAGUGAGAAAAAGGAUGGUGAUGAAGAAAUUAGUGGUACUAUUGAACCAAGUCAAGAUAAAGAUAAAGAAAAAGAUAAAGAGGAAAAGGUUGAAAAAGAAUUACCUACUAUUGAAGAAGAAGAUGAAGAAGAAGAGGAAAAAGAAAAAAGUAAACCAAAGAAAAAGGUAGCAAAAAAGGUAGCAAAAAUGAAAGCAACCAAAAAAGAUGUAAAUAACAACAAUAACACUAUCAUUAUCGAUCCAAUUGAAGAUGAUAUUAGUAACGUUUUAAAAGAAAAUAAUUUGGAAAAUGUUUCCAUUCAUAAUCUAUCUCAAAUUCCAACUACACUUUCACAAUCAUAUUUAAAGAUGUUACAAGAAAGAGCAAGAGAAGAUUAUGACAUGAAUGCACCAUUACCAGGUUUAGAUGAAGUAAUCGAUGACUAUCCAGUUCUUGAGGGUACCACUAGUACUCAACCAGAACAACCAAUCAACCCAGAAGUUUUUGAACCAACUGCCACUUUGGAUGAUUUAGAAGAUGAUGAACUUGAUCUCUAUAUUGAAAGAAAUCAAUCAGUUAGAAAUGCAAAGGAAUUAAUUUGGACAGAAUUAAACAAGGAAUGGAUUGAAAAGAAUGCAGCAAGAGAAAAGGAAGAAGAAGAAGCUAGAGCAAUGGGUAGACCCAUUAGAAAGAGAGCAAAGAAACAAACAGCUGCUUCUGCUGCCGAGGCAAUGGCAGAGGCACUUAGAAAGAGAGUUAAAGAUCAAAGAAUUCAGAAUUUGAUUAAUAAUUUGGUAGGCGUCCCUGAACCAAAACAAGAAGAGGCUAGACCUAGAAUGCAACAAAAGAAACCAACUCCUGCUGCAAACGAUCAAGACGAUGAAGAUGAAGAAGAAGAAGAUGACGAUGAUGAUGGUCCCGAGAAACAACCCGCUUCAAUGGCUUCUCUUCUCGGUCAACAACAAUACAAUGAAUAUGAUGACUAUGAAGAUUACUAUUAA